AUGCUGCUCCUCGCAUGUGUGGCACUUGUGCAAUUCAGCGCCAUCGCCCUUGCAGGCCACGAUGAGCUUUUCUUGCGCUUCAAUCCCGACAGCACACCACCCAAGGACACAAGCGUCUACGAGCACGUUCUCACUGAUUUGAGCCCAGACACUCAAGCGACCUUUGUUCCCGACCACGAAGUUUUUCAUCAAGCAUACCAUGCCGUCUUUGAGUUCAAGCGAUUAUCCUAUACAGACGGCUCCUUGAUCGUCAAGGCGCAGCGUGAUUAUGAUACGCAAAACAUCAACUUUAUUGAUGGCGGCGAUAUGGGCCUCUUCGUAUUUGAUGGAUAUUUGUGUGCGGCCUUUUCCGAGUUUCCAGAUGAAAACGUGCGCUUUGGCUGCUUGCCGGAUCAGGUGCCACUGGGCGUGCGCUAUCGAGGUUUCUUGGAUGUAGAUGACACCAGCUUAUGCUACGGAUACGGACCCCACUCAACUUGCAUGAGCAUCGUGGCUGCAGAAUUCUACACAAAUACUGGCCCUUGGAUGAUUGGUGGUCUCAUCGCCCAGUCGGCUGCUGGAGUCAGCGGCCAAUACUUGACUGGUGCCCUGAAGGAAUGGACUCCAAACUGGCUGACUUCCUCCAACACGCUGCGGCUUCAACGCACCGACACUAGGCGCUACUCCUCUUCUUGGACGCUGGCGGUUCUGGUUGACUUGUUUGACCAGGCGGAUCAGGUGUCGGUCGAGUCUGAGCAUGGCGUGACCCUUUCCAUCUACACCAACCAGCCUUGCUCACCUACCGGCCUGCCCACUCAGAUUGGUAUUCGCGACAAUCUACUCAAUUUCGAUCGCACUUUUGCCUUGUCCGCCUCUAUUUUGGGUCGUGUGCGCGUUGCGCUUGUUUGCGCCAACAACCGACUCUGUCUCAUUGUGCAGGGCAAAGUAAUUGCCUGCAUCUCAUUCAGUGGCUACCUCUUCCGCGACACGACAACCUUCUUGAACGUGGCCCAGAUGAUGAGCAAGCCCAACCUGGUCCAGCUUCAUGCCUACCACGAGAGUAUGGGGACGGAACGAAGAAUCUGGGACGAUGUACCAGAUGCAAACUGGUGUACAACGACAAGUGAUUGCGAGGGCGACCAAGGAAGCAACUGCGAAGCGGACGUGAACGAGUGUGAUGGCGAGGCCAACCCAUGCCUCAACGGGGGCAGCUGCACCAACACGAUCGGCGGUUACACGUGCGACUGCCCCGCGACAUACACGGGAAGCAACUGCGAGACGGACGUGAACGAGUGUGAUGGCGAGGCCAACCCAUGCCUCAACGGAGGUAGCUGUACCAACACGAUCGGCGACUACACGUGCGACUGCCCCGCGACAUACACGGGAAGCAACUGCGAGACGGACGUGAACGAGUGUAAUGGCGAGGCCAACCCAUGCCUCAACGGAGGUAGCUGUACCAACACGAUCGGCGACUACACCUGUACCAACACGAUCGGCGGCUACACGUGCGACUGCCCCGCGACAUACACGGGAAGCAACUGCGAGACGGACGUGAACGAGUGUGAUGGCGAGGCCAACCCAUGCCUCAACGGGGGUAGCUGCACCAACACGAUCGGCGGCUACACGUGCGACUGUCCUCAACACCACAGCGGCCCCACAUGCGACACCUAUACCUCCCCCUGUCCAAACUGUUCGGCUCCAGGCCAGCACUGUGUCCAAACGUCGGAAUCCUACACCUGCAUCACCGAACCCUGCGCCCUCAUGACCUGCUACAAUGGUGGCACCUGCAUCGGCGACCUCUACCAGGGUCAGUGUCAUUGCAUGCCGGGCUGGGUCGGCUCCGACUGUCGCACUGACCAGGACGAAUGCGCUACCUUCAACCCCUGCGCCAACGGCGCCACUUGCCACAACGUGCCUGGCUCCUUCUCUUGCUCGUGCACUGCCCUACAAAGCGGGCCCUACUGCAACAUCUCCCUCGACCCCUGCGCCAGCGAACCCUGCCUCAACACGGGCUCCUGUACCUGGAAUCAAGAGCAGCCGACACCGAGCUAUACCUGUACCUGUCCCGGCUGGACCAGCGGGGCUCGCUGCGAGCGGAAGCUGGCUUGCAGUGCGCUGCCUCCCUCCCUCGAGGUCAUGGACGAUGCCGGCCUGGUUCAUAUCCUGGACCUGAAUUGUGUCGCCUUCCUGGGCAGUCUCACCCUCAACAAUGCCUCGGGCAGCCUCAGCCCUGGCCUGGUCCAGGAGCUCCUCCACACGUUGACCUCGGUGGGUGGCUACCUCGAGCUCAUCGCCAUUCAUGAUGUCGAGCUCGAGACUUUGGCCCAGUUGCUCAAGGGCUCGGACCAAGGCCUGGUUCAGCAGCGUCGGAACCAGGUGGCCGGUCGCGACCCCACCGUGGCCAAGCUGCAAGCCAAGCUCAAGAACUCGACCCUUCAGGGCGAGAGCCUGGCCCUCAUCAACUGCUCUCUGUCCACGCCCGAUACGGGGGCUGGCAGCAGCAACAGCUCCCUCCUUGAUGUCCUCGACUCCACUCUCAACGGCGGCGUCCUUCUCAGCAACACACCGCUUCGCGCCGCGCACGUUGUCACCCCGGAUCGCACCAAUGCCCUAUGGUGGGCCAGUGAUGAACGCCUGGCGACCAGCUUUUCCAUCCCAGCCGAACUGGCCAACACAUCCCUGGGCACCGACGGCGAUUUGGUCCUGGAUGCCACGGCCCUGACCGAGGGUCAGCUCUAUGCCCGGUUGCACGAGGUGGCUUUUAUUGCGGGUCGGCUGGUCGUGCGAAACAAUGUUGAUUUGACGCACUUGGGCUUUUUGGAUCGCGUGGCCGGUGCCAGCUCGAUCGAGCUCUCGGGCAAUCCUGAUCUGGUGGAUGCACGAUUGAAGUCACUGAAGCCUGGUGUUCCCAUGGUCAUCACCAACAACGCCGUCCUGUGCGAUGCGGGUGGGCCCUAUGGUGAUCGCGCGUGUGAUGCGGCGGCUGCCGCAGAGCAGAGCUUUGCGGUGCGGAUGACUGAUGUGGACGCCGAGCAUGCGGCGUCGCCAGAGGUUCUGGCCUUGCUCGGUAACCUGAUCUCGACUCGCCUUGGCCUUGCCAACAUCUCGGUGAGCUGGGCACCGCAAAGCCGUAGCAACAACAACAACAACAACAACAACGGCAACAACAACGGCAACGACAACGAGUUUGGCCGGCGCCGCCGUGCCAAUGAGGUGGACAUGACGCUGCAGCUCAACGUCAACGUGGCCAGCACCAUGUUGGAUCAGACGACGCGGGCCCUGGCCAAUGUGACGAUCGAGGACAUGGCCGCCAUGCUGGUCGAGUCGAGCAUCACGGCCGCCAGCCUGGUCGAGGUUGCACCCAUCAAUACCCUCGUCCUUCGUGAGCGCGAGGAUGAGCUCGAACAGCUCUACGCCGUCCAGAUCAAGCAGGCACUGGUCAACCCGCAGAAGUUUGUUGUCGUUGUCAAGCCACCCAAGGUGGCUGGCAAACGCAUCGACAUUCUCUACACACUCUUCUUCCGCAAAGCCACCCCGCAGCAACACGCCGAUGCUCUCACCGCCAUUCUGCGCCGUGGUGUGCAGGCUGCCCCGGGUCUCGAGGCCAUUGAACUGACCGCUGCCCGUGCCACCAGUGUGGUCAACCGCAUUCUGACGUCCAUCACUUCGUGGCGCCAGGUCCACACGGACACCAAAACCACCAUGAAGGUGGACCGCUGUCGCCGACCGGGCGACGUCAACUGCGUGGACGACUGGGAGAACGUGGAGCUCAUGGUUCAGGCGUCCUUUGUCAUUGCUGGCCGCCAGCACGUUGUUCGCAGCGACCCACAUCCAAUCAGUGCGCGCGGGAAGCCGACCAUGGGCGUUGUGGCCGAUCGCAUUGCUGCACAGGCACGCCGCAUCGGAUAUUCGCGCAGCACCGAUGCCUCUCUGGACGCCUAUGUCGAGCAUGUGGGCCUCGAGCAGCUGUCUGGUGUGGAGUGGGUAGACAAUGCGACGGCCCACCGCCCACAGCUGACGACUGCCUCGCCAACCCUGGUUCCAGAGACUUGUCAGCCGACCUCGACCGAGGAUGCAGCUCCCGCCUGCGUACAACCCUACACCGAAUACCGUCUGGUCUCAUACCUUUCGGAUGGCGACGGGUACUUUUCCGAUCCACUUCAGGCCGAGACUGUGUUUCGGACGGCCACGGCUCGGCCAGACUCGCCGCCCGUCGUGGCUAGGACCAUGGUUCAUGCCCGGGGCCUGACCCUGGAACUGGAUGACCCCGUCGUGGCCAAUGGCCCCAUUACUCGGUGGCCAUGGUCCCUAUCGUGUGCCGACCAUACCUGUCCCACGGUGACCGGAAGCACCGAGCGUAGCGGCAGCGUGCAGAACGGCACGGCGAACAGCACAGCGGAGCUCAGCGAGGGCGGGGCCUUGUUGGCUCGCGAGCUGGCCCUGGGCAACCUGCUUCCCUACACUCAGUACACCUUGGAGGUCUCGGCUGCCACUUCAGCGGGGGCCGGCCCAGUCAUGGCCAUGUCCUUCAUGACCCCAGAGGCCUCACCCUCAGCCCCACGCCACGUGCAGGUGCAGCGGAAGCUUGUGGCUGGCAAGAACCAAUACAAUGUGAGCCUGGUGUGGGACAUGCCUGCCGAGGUCAAUGGCAUCCUCGUGGGCUAUGAGGUCGGUAUCAACUUGAAUCAGAGCGGCAUGCGCACCAACACGAGCGGCAACGCAACGGAGCUUGGCCUUUGGACCACCAGCCCAGACGACGUGUAUCAGGUCCGAGCCCGUACCGCGGCUGGCUGGAGUGACUGGAGCCUGGUGGCGACGGAGAUUGAGGCAAGCCGUUCGGACGGGGAGGACCCGUGGUCGCUGACGGGGACCAGGUUGCUACCCGUGUUGGCGGUUGCGGUGCUGCUUUUGCUUGGCUUGGCGGUGGUGCGUCACCGCCGACGGGCUCAACGCCUGCUGCAAGACUUUAAGCCGCAGGCAGACGAGUAUGAGGUGGAUGUGGCAGACAUUGUCCUUGGCAAGGAGCUGGGCAAAGGCGCGUAUGGCCAAGUGGUGCAAGCGGUGCUUAAGAGCCACGGCAGUGAAGCGGGAGUGCCCGUGGCUGUCAAGAUGCUGACUCGGGGUCAUGGCUCACGUCAACAGCGACAGUUUGCAUUUGAGAUGCACAUUAUGAAGCUGCUUCACCGCGCUGGGCCGCAUCGCAAUGUCUUGACAAUUUGUGGCCAGGUGACUCAAGAAAGCCCGAUGAUGCUGGCCACUGAGCUGAUGCCUCUGGGCAACCUCCGCGACUACCUGCACGAGCACAAACCGAGCAGCAACAGCAACAUCGAGGAUGGGGGCUUGAGUCUGCCCAGGUUGUGCGACAUUGCGGAAGGCAUUGCCUCGGGCAUGGCCUUUGUGAGCGAGCUGCGCAUCGUCCAUCGUGAUCUGGCAGCUCGCAAUGUGUUUGUGAGCCGUCGUCUUGUGCCCAAGAUUGGUGACUUUGGCUUGGGCGUAUUGUUGGACAAGUCCCAGGAGACAUUUGUGGACUCGUGUCAGGAGGGGUUGCCCAUGCGAUGGCUGGCACCCGAGGUGAUUAGCAGCGGUGUCUUCUCGUAUGCGUCGGACGUGUGGAGCUUUGGGGUGCUGUUGUACGAGCUCUUUACCCACGGCGGCAUGCCCUAUCCGGGGCAGACGAACGAGCAGGUCGCGGCGUCGGUGGUUGGGGGGCUUCGUUUGUCCCAGCCCGAGGACUGCCCUGACGCCGUUUAUGGCAUCAUGCUCCAGGCCUUUGCCCUCAAGGCGCGCCAUCGUCCUACCUUCUCUGCUAUUAUGCGCCUGCUUCAAGAAGUGUGCCAUCGCAUUAAGAGUGGCGCUGCAGAUAUGGACCUUUUGGGCCGAUCGAGCACCCGCCGCCGCAAAGGCGCUUUACACUCGACACAAAAAAAGGGUGUGCCUGUGGUGCACACUCUUCAGCCUACGGUGGAUUUGCCCGAUUAUGUGGUACCAAACCCGUAUCGUCUGUCACGCCCCGCCUCAGUGUAUUCUGGGCGUGGUUCCACUGCCAGCUCCAAUGCCUUUUUUACGCUCAUGCCGAGCGAUGACUUUGUUGUACUUGACCCCGAGGAUGGCGUUUAUCAUCAAUCUUACAGUGUUAUUUAG